GGAGAGUGGCGAAGACGGUCCAAACGAAGUUCGACGCGUCGACGCUGCACGACACGCCGAAGCUGGCGGCGGAGACGCAGAUGGUGGACGACGGGAGCGGGCAGAAGGAGGUUUGGAGGGUGGAGAACUUUAACCUGGCGCCGGUGGAGCCGCAGAUGCACGGCAGGUUCUACGGGGGGGAUUGCUACGUGGUGCUCUAUGCGUACACGACGGGGGCUGCAGAUCACUUCAUCGUCUACUAUUGGAUCGGAGCGAAGUCGAGCCAGGACGAGCAGGGGACGGCGGCGUUGAAGGCGGUGGAGGUGGACGACAAGUUGGGGGGGAAGGCGGUUCAGGUGAGGGUGGUUCAGGGGAAGGAGCCACCGCAUUUCAUGGCCAUCUUCGGGGGGAAGAUGAUCGUUUAUGCCGGGGGGAAGGCGAGCGCCUUCGACGGACCGGACGCCGUGGAUCGGGAGGUCUCGGAGAAGUACCUGCUGCAGGUCAGGGGGACCUCGCAGUACAGCACCAAAGCCGUGGAGGUGGAUUGCAGAGGGGCGUCGCUCAACUCCAACGACGUGUUUCUCUUGAAGACGCCGCAUUCGCUUUUCAUCUGGGCGGGGAAGGGGUCGACGGGGGACGAGAGGGAGAUGGCCAAGAAGAUCGCCGCGACCACGAUCCCCCUGGAGCCGACGCUCGUCUACGAGGGGCAAGAGAAGGCUGAUUUCUGGAAUGCGAUCGGCGGCAAGGAGGAGUAUGCGAGCGAGAAACGCCUCUCCGAUAGGGACGACCCUCACCCGGCCCGACUCUUCCAGUGCUCAAAUGCUACCGGCUCGUUCAAAGGUCCAGACUCCGUCAUUCGCGACGUCGUCGAGACUCUACGGAACGAUGACCUCGAACUUUCUCUCGAGAUAGUGGACUUCGACCAGAGCGACCUGAUACCAGACGACGUGAUGCUCCUGGACGCCUGGGACACCGUCUUCCUCUGGAUCGGGACGGAUUCCAACCGGAUCGAGAGGAGCCUGGCGGAGAGAGCGGCGCAGGAGUACCUGGCCGCCGAUCCGGCCCAGCGGGACCAGGACACACCCGUCGUACGGGUGAAGCAGGGCUUCGAACCACCCAACUUCACCGGGUUCUUUGGCAUCUGGGACCGAUCGCUCUGGAGCGUGAGUUUCCCCGACUCGUGGUACGGGGCAAAAUUUAACUCCAAGACGUACGAGCAGCUGAAGAAGGAGCUGCAGGAGGAGAACCCGGGCUUGGAGAUCAUCACCAAGGAGAACGGGUUGUCCGAAGAGACGACCAAAUAUUCCCUCGACGUCCUAUUGGAGAAAGAUCCCGACAAGCUCCCUCUGGGCAUCGACCCCACCAAGAAAGAAGAUUAUUUGAGGGAGGAGGACUUCAAGAGAGCAUUCGGAAUGGGGAUGGAAGACUUCGAAACCCUACCAAAUUGGAAGCGACAGCAGCUCAAGAAGAGUGCAGGACUGUUCUAAACGUUCAGCAUCUCCCAUAAACUGUUGUGAUGAGGCUAUCAUUCUUCAUCAUCUAUUCCAGAGUCAUAUAUUUCCUGAGUACUGUUGUGGAAUGAUUAUGAUAUAGAGUUUUGCCCAUUAUCUUUUUCUCCCCCCCCCCCCCCAUCCAAAGUGCGUGUUUCAGCAGAUACUGUUGGAUUCAUUGCAUUGCUCAGCAGGCUGAUUAUUGCCACCAAAUAUGCUUAGCAGGCUGGUAUUUGUCAUGUUUCCCCAAGUAUGUAUUGCAUCUGGUGCAUAGUUACAUGAGACUAGCUUUCAAAAAGGCAUAUAUUCUUUGAUUCAAAUUCUACCCGAUGAAAGAAAAUCUCAUAACAAGAACAAAGUCCCAAGACAGUGCCAUAAUGAAUUUAUUUUUCUCAGUUCUGGACUAUUGGUACCAGUCUCCAGAUUAAAAAACCAUUUUGACAUCCCUGCACAAGUUUCUCUCUCAUUCCAGUCAUACAGAAUUAGAAUACUAUCACAAGUCUCAUUCACUCCUAGGCACACAAUAGAAGCAAAAAGGCAC